AUGUCUGAAAAACCUAUGUUCCCAGCUAACGGUUCGCAAGAGCCAAGCGAAGAUGUUAGAAUUCUUGGCUACGACCCAUUGGUUUCCCCAGCUUUAUUGCAAGUACAGGUGCCAGCGUCAGCGGAGAGUUUGGAGACCGCUAAGAGAGGCAGAAAAGAGGCCGUGGAGAUCAUCUCCGGCAGAGAUGACAGAGUUUUGGUGAUUGUUGGUCCCUGUUCCAUUCACGAUUUAGAUGCCGCCCAGGAGUACGCUGCAAGGCUGAAGAAGCUCUCGGAUGAGUUGAAGGACGACCUAUGCAUUAUCAUGAGGGCGUACUUGGAGAAACCAAGAACCACUGUGGGCUGGAAGGGUCUGAUCAACGACCCGGAUGUCAACAACAGUUACAACAUCAACAAGGGUCUGCAGUCUGCUAGGCAGUUGUUCGUGAACCUGACCAGCGCCGGGGUGCCAAUCGGUUCGGAGAUGUUGGACACUAUCUCUCCACAGUAUUUGGCAGACCUUCUGUCAUUCGGCGCCAUCGGUGCAAGAACCACCGAGUCGCAGCUUCACAGAGAGCUGGCCUCUGGUCUCUCGUUCCCAGUCGGUUUCAAGAACGGUACCGACGGUACUUUGGGCGUCGCUGUCGACGCGGUGCAGGCUGCUUCUCACUCGCAUCACUUCAUGGGUGUCACGAAGCAUGGUGUCGCCGCCAUCACCACCACCAAAGGUAACGAUAACUGUUUCAUCAUCCUGAGAGGUGGUAAGAAGGGUACCAACUACGAUGCCAAGUCUGUCGCCGAGGCCAAAGCACAGCUGCCAGCCGGUUCGAACGGUCUAAUGAUCGACUACUCUCACGGUAACUCCAGCAAGGACUUCAGAAACCAACCAAAAGUCAACGACGCCGUUGCGGAACAAAUUGCCAACGGCGAAAAAGCCAUUAUCGGUGUUAUGAUCGAGUCCAACAUCAACGAAGGUAAGCAAAGCAUCCCAGCUGAAGGUAAAGCCGCAUUGAAAUACGGCGUUUCCAUCACUGACGGUUGUAUAAGCUGGGAAACCACUGUCGAGGUCCUCACCAAGCUGGCUGCUGCUGUCAGACAGAGAAGAGAACACUACAAAUGA